CAGAGACACACAGUAACUCAUGGCGCUUCAGGAAGACUCACACGCCCCCACGACGACCUUCUGCAGGAGAUGUAGUGGUUAAUAUAUAAGUCAGUCUUCCUCUCCUGUCCUGAGUGUGUGUGUUAUGGGUAGACUCGGCCUCAGGUAGAUAAUUAUGAGUAAGGUGAGGCCCAUCAGGUGUGUCCAGCAGCCAACAGGUACGGAGACCCUGGUCGUCCUGGUGCCUAAAAGAAGCCGUAGGUCCUCCAGUAAGAAGCGCACACCACCAGCAGCGUCCACCAACACCGCCUCUGAGGACACCAUGCUCAAGACGGGUGGGAAUUUCAGCUCUGAUGGUGGUUAUGGUACCAUGAAUCCCCUGUUCUCACCCGCUGACGAGGUUGGGCUGCCCCCUGACUUGCCGGAGCCUCUCAGACCUACCAUACCCACCAGCUGCUCCAUGCCCACCAUACGUGCCCUGGCCACCACCCUCACCAGCCUCAUGGCCCCACACCCGCCGCCACCUGAGGUCUGUUACAACGUGGCCGCCGUCGACCCUCUCAGCCCCAACCUGUCCCCGCCGCCCAACACGCCCAUGUCCCCGCUGUCUAUACCAACCAGUCCCUCACUCUCUGCCACUCGAUCAGGCCCCAAGACCCCGGGCUCUAACCCUCUGAGUCCCAGUAUUAUUACGCCCCCCAACACCCCCUCGACUCCUCUCUCAGGCCUGGCAGGACCUCAACAGGAGGGCGCGGACAAGUAUACUCUAAAUUAUCCCCAGUUCCCGGUCGCCACAGCUGUCACCGCCUCAGGACCUCUCUACAACAUCCUCAGCCCUGACCUCGUUGACCUGACCAAUCUUCGGCCACUACCGGGUGAACAUCUUCAGACAGCUCCCAGUGACCCCAGACACGCGGCGGAGAAGAAUAUCUGCACCUGCUCAGCCGUCCCCAACCCUUACUUCGUGGAGCAUUACGGCGACGCUGAAGCGGUCAUACAAGACCUAGUGAACCUCGGUAACGGGGUGUACGAUGCUGGCGGCCGAGGGAGGCGUGACCAGCCCACCAAGUACCCGACAAUACAGGAACUUCCGGGUAAAGCCAGGGACUGGGACACUCUGGGGGAGAAGGAGGACCUCGUGGCGGCCUGCUGGCACCACCAACACACCUCCACCACCCCUCCUGAGAACCCCACCAACACCACCCCCCAGAGACCAGACACCGAGACCAACAAAGCCCACAACAAUCAGACCAAAAAGAAACCAAAGGAUAAAAACCGACGGAAAACACCCGACCGGAGCGACUGUCGGCUAGUGUUGACCGACAGUGAGGACGACCACAAGAAACACUCCCGCUACCGCAAGCUGAAGAUCCCGAUGAUCGACGAUGACGUGGACUGUCGUAAGCCUGACUCUGACGUCACGACGACCACGGAGAGUGACACCUCCUCCUCCCUCUCCCUUGACCUUCUCGGUCCAGGAGCAUCGCAAUUGGCUGAGCAACUAUGUGACGUUACGAGUGAGGCGGGGCGACUUAUAACACGGGAGGUCCAAGAGGGGAUCAACUACCUGACGGAGCCGGAGGACUCAUUGGAGUUCGGGUGGCUAGACGCCCUCACCGGCAUCAUCUCCAUCGUCACCUUCUACUUCGACCUGGUGUCCGACUCCUUGGUGGCCUUCUACAUGUAUGACGACCCAGCUGCCCAGUACUGGUUCCUCGCCACCCUACUGCUGCUAGUAUUGCCUAUGGUGGUGGCCAACGGGUUCAGUCUGUAUUGGUACUGGUUCGAUGAGCGCUCCUGUCAACCCCAGAGCUGCCCUAGACACCCCAGGGUAUCCACUUAUGUGUGGGUGUUCCGUGUGGCUGCCCACCUCCUACUGCAGGCCCCUGUGCUAAGGCAGGUGGACAUUGUAUACUAUGGCACCAAGAGCACGGCGGAGACGGUGUUGCGGGAGGCCCUGGUGGACGAGGUGAUGGAAGCCGCCCUAGUCGAUCCUAACCAGUCCCAAGACCUACACGACGGAGGACCUGACCUACAGAAGGACUCCACAUCCCACAAGGACCCCACAGCCUACAAGGACCCCCCAGGAGCCAGCAGCAGGUCCUCCACACGGCUCAGUCAUAGCCGAGACGGGGCGAACCCAAGUCCUGCUUCUACCAACAAGAGGUCCGUGUCAGCGUGUUCGGUGAGGACGGGAGGAGCGUGCGCGCGGGGAGGCUACGUGGCGCUCUGGAUACAUGCCGAGAGGGACGCUGCCAACGUGGAGCUCCUACUGGCGUUAAUCCAGGACGCCCCGCUGUUGAUCCUCCACCUCUACAUCAUGUCCCACACCCUACCCGCCCAGGCUCUCCAGGGACACCUCAGCCACACACUAAUGAUGCAGAUGGUGUCGGUAACGAUGUCACUGCUGGCACUGGCGUGGUCUGUUGCCUCCUUCGUCAGGGCCACCCGCCUGACGGAGCCCAGCCUGGGGAACCUGAGCAUCCUCGACCUGUUCCUUCUCACCCUGGCUCACUUCUGUUCUAUCGCCCCCCAGGUGAUGAGUUUUUCCUUCUUCGCCUCCAGCUUCGUCGUCGCCUUCUUCGUGGCUGUCACCAUACACUGGGUCUUUAUGGCCACCUGGAUACUUCUACAGCUGAUGUGCUUCCCGCGGACUACCUGCUCCCGGGCCUUCUUCACCCACGACCGCCAGCGGGGUGUUUGCCACUGGCUGGAUGACGUCCUGUACAGCGCCGUGAUGGGUCUGGUCUUCGUCUUCACCUUCGUGGACGUGGGUGGAGUGGCUGCCAAAAUUCAAGGACUUUUCUACCAUGUCCUUAUCCUGCUGGAAGAGUUGAUCCUACUGUCUGUGUGGUUGAUGUGGGUGGAGGAGGUGUCAUGGUACCACUGGCUGCCUCUGGUGAUGGUUCUCAUCCUCUUCUGCCUCCACUUGCUGUUUGACGCUCUCUUCACUGCCAACGCUAAGCCCACCCACUGCCUGCUGCUACAGUCCUCUCCCAAGGCUGUGUGAGGGGCUAGAUUGCCUACCUAUCCCACCCACAGCUUCCUCCCGAGUCGUGCGUGGGCCAAAACUGCCGCCCAUUCCGCCCACAACAGCUCCCAACUAAUUGCUGCGUGCAAGCCCAUCCGUCCAAUAGUUGCCUUAUUGAGCUCUCUCUCUCUCUCUCUCUCAUCGGAUUCUCCUACCUCUCCUUAUCAGCCUUUUCCACACCUUUCCCUUAUCCCCAUCCCUCUUCUUCCUUCAUCCCUGCCCCCCUCACCUCUUCCGCCUCUCCCCAGUCCUUGACAUUUACCCUAUUUAUUAAAAUAUCCAUAAAUGCCCGCUUUUUUACCCCUCCAUAAACUCUAUUUCUUCCCUCCAUUAACUCUUUAAGAAGCAGAGACCUCUCCUAAGCGUGAAUAAAAUUAUCUGGCGUUAACUAGAAACACAAGUAUUUUCAUGGAUGCUAAUAAUUAAUAUCUUAUACACACUUGUAUAGCAAGCUGUAGAACCGCCAACUAGUUCCGUGCAUCUAACAUUGAUUAAUUUUUGCAUGAGUGGCGUUGUGGUGUUGUAAUAAGAGCUAAAAUAGAGUUUAUUUUGUUAUAAUUUAGCAAAGAAGUAUUUUAAAGUAGAGUGUCCGGGUAAUAUAUAUAUAUAAUAUUUAUUAAUUUAUUUACACGUAAGAGGAAUGAGUUUUUUUUUCCAGAAUGAUGAACGUGAUGUUGUUGACUGAUGAACGAUAAAAUGUAUUAAUGUGUAUCUCAGAAAGACUGUAAAUUUAUAUAUUAGCGAGAUAUUUAUCUGUCUGUCAACCCGUCCAUAAUCUUCAGGGAUUCACAUCAUACACAGAGCACGAGUCAGCUCCCGCACAUAAUUUGUGUUUUAGACAUUAAAACUCAAACACAAGAUAAAGUCUGAAUAGAAAAUGUAGAAUAAAAGUAGAAAAAUAACAUUAUUCAUCCUCAUCUUUUGGAGUUUAUUCAUAUACUGUAUUUAAAAAAAUUUCACUGGUUUCUUAAGAUAUUUAUCGCUAGAAUUAUUGGUCAACAAUAUCUAAUGUUUUUUCUUGAUCGUAACCAUAAAUAUAAUUGAUCAGCUUUACUUGAGCUUAAAAAAAAAUUAUAUAAUACCUAUGAAAAAAUCUUUAUUAAAUAUAUAAUUAUUGUUCGCUUACGAUAAGUGCAAAGAUGUGAUGGUAUAAAUGUUGCUUUAUAUUACUAAGGUGAACUGGAGGUCAUUGUGUGUUAGUCUUAGUACUGGAUUACAAUCAAGAAUAUCGGUACAUAUCAGUAGAGGACACUUGGUCAGAUAGACACUUUGUUAUCAGGAUUACACUAUUGAAAGUUUGCACUAUUAGCUACCAAUAUCUUCCCUCAUUUGUUGUUUUGUGAGUUAUUUAAUAAGUACAGUAAAGGGAUUUUCAGUAUAUAUUUCUAUCCAAUGUUGUUGAUGUUUCAAUGUAUUAUUACGCUUCAACAACUAGGGUGUUCUUGAAGCUCGUAUUCUGGGUUAGUUAUAUAAAGUAAUCCUCAGUAAUUAAGAAAAUAGAAGAUUUACAUCUCUCUGGUUAAAGAUUUUAGCUUCUUGGUUGAGGUUAACAAAGAAACUUUUGUUUGGAUGACUUACAUGUUGCAGCAAUCAUUCCUAAGUAAUCUCUGAGAUGGAAUUUCUAACGUUACGAUGUUUGUCAUAACAAGGUUGGCAAAAUUCAACAUUGCUUACGAAUUUGAGGGUAAGUGAGAUAAUGAUAUACCGUAGCGUACUCAGCGCCUUCACACCUUAAACCAAAACCUUACCUUUAAAUACAUACUAAAACUUAUGUAACCCAAACAGAUCUUACCUAAGCUGAAUAAAUCUUACUUAAACCUGA